CUCCGCCCGCUCCCCGUUUCUCUCUGGGACAGAAGUUCAGAUUUCAGAUCCGAAGCUCCAUCCGGCUGAAAGUCUGAGUUUUGUUCUGAAGUUGCAGCUCCUGCAUGCGGAUGCGGAGCCGCUCCGGGGAAAGUCUGUGUGAUCUGCAGCCGCAGGGAGCCGCGCCCCGCCAGCAGGAUCUAAUUAGACUGCGGGAGCGCUCGGUUCCCCCUCCGGCCCGCCCCGCAAUGUUUUAUCGAACAGCUUCAGGCUCAGCGGCUCUGCUCAGUUCCACAUGGUUCCCCAUUUUACCAAGUCAAGUCAGUUUAAUUUGUGUAGCGAGGUGUCACGAAUUACGGACGUACCUGAAGGGGCCGUGGAUGCUGAGUUCACUGACUCCGGGUCAGUGAGUUCAUCAGCUGAGGAGCGCUCAGGAGGUGCAGCGACCUUCAGACUGCAGAGGGACUCAGCGGUUCAGUUCAACUCAGAAAGCUUCACUGGCAGGAGAGUUACAGGAACAGCUGUGCCAAAGAGUCAAACGGCGUACCCCCCCCCCAGCGCCCCCCCGGCCAGCAUGUUCGGCAGCGUCCCAGGAUACGAAGGCAUCGCGGGAGGAGGAGCAGGAGGGUACCUGCCCCCCCCGAUGCCCGCGGAGCCUGUAGCUCCACCCCAGCCUGACCCGGGACAGACGGACUGGAGUAUCCCCUCGCUGUCAGAGGAUGUAGCUCGUGAUGCGUUCAAGAGCUUUGCGGCGUCAAACUGCUGCUACAGCAAAUCUCCUGCCACUGACGGCGUCAUCACCAGCAUGGAGCCCCUCAACACCUACAGGUACCGGCUGGAGACAUUUACUGAGUCCAGGUCAACAGAGUGGGCCCACAAACCUCAUGAAGGUGAGACAGCGGACUUCUACACGCAGACCGCCCCCCGGCCCUGGGAGAUCCAGGCCACGCCCCCCACUCUCUUCUCCAAUCACACGGAGGAGAUCCGCGUGCCUUUCACCUCCUCCAUCAAGGAGUGCCAUAACUGCCAUGCCAGUGGGCAGAUGCCUUGCCAGGAGUGUAAUGGAGUUGGAUAUAAAGACUGCUGGGUGUGUCAUGGUGCUGGCAGCAGGGACGGAGAAGAUUGUAGCCGCUGUAACUCUACAGGCAGAGACAGCUGCACUCACUGCAGUGGUCAGGGAACGAAAAAGUGUGAGACGUGUGACGGGAGGCGACAGCUGCUGACCUUCAUCCAGCUGAAGGUGGAGUGGAAGAACCACGUGGACGACGCCGUGUCGCAGCAGGGCGGCGCCGGUCUGCAGGCCGAGAAGCUCAGCUCCGUCACCGGGAAAGAACUGUUCAAGAACAACCAGUACCUGGUGUACCCCCUGCUGGGCUUCCCGGUGCCGGAGGUCUCCCAGGCGUCGGAGCGGCUGGUCGGAGAGCACCAGGCCAGGUUCGCCCAGAGCGCCAGGAUCCUGCAGCAGAGACAGACGGUCGAGUUAAUUCCCAUAACGAAGGUGACCUACAAGUGGAAAGGUGACAGUCAUGUUUACUUCGUCCUCGGCAACGAGCAUCAAGUCAGCGCCGACGACUACCCUGCCACCUGCUGCUGUGUGAUCCUGUAGACACACACACACACACACACACUCACACACACACACACACUCACACACACACACACACACACACUCACACACACACACACACACACACACACACACACACACACACACACACACACACUCACACACACACACACACACACACACACACACACACACUCACACACACACACACACACACACACACACACACACUCACACACACACACACAGCGCGGCAUGCUGCCAUUACUUCAUCAUCCUGCCUGCAGCAUCUGACAGAGUGUUUUAUUUUUAUAGUCCUACAGUAUUAUUGUUAUUAUUAGAAUUAUUAUUAUUGUUAUUUGCACUAUUAGUAACAUUACUAUUAUUAUUGUUAUCAUUAUUGCUGUUAUUAUUAGUAUUACUAUUAUUAUUAUCGUUAUUAUUAACAGUAUGAGUGUUAUCACUACUAGUAUUAUUUAUAUUAUUGUUGUUAUGUUAUUAUCAACAUUACUAGUAUUAUAAUUACUGUCAUUAGUCUAAAUGUAAAUGAGUCUGAUAUGAAUCUGAUAUGAAAUCGUCUCGGGGCCAGAUAAAGUCAAAGUGCUGAGAUUAAAACAUGAUAAUAUAAAUAAUGAUAAUAAUGAUGACAUGUUAAACAUAGAGGCGUGCACAUCUCCUCCAGGUGUGUGUGUCCCAAAGGACGGCCAUGUCACAUGUCACAGUGUGUGUGUGUGUGUGUGUGUGUCUGUGUGUGUGUCUGUGUGCGUGUAUGUGUGUGUGUGGGCUGAUGUCAGGCUGCAGCGUGUCACAGAGUCGCCACUCCGCCAGACAACACCUGACCCUGACACGCUGUGACACGCUGCCCCCUGCUGGAGGGGCAGCUCUGUGACACGCUGCCCCCUGCUGGAGGGGCAGCUCUGCAGAGGCACCGCCUCCCUCCUCCCCCUCUCCCAGUUGGCACAGGGUUUGUUGCUGGGCUCUGACUGGGCAGAUCCUGACAAAUAUUCAUAGAUGGGCUGAAGGAUGGCAUGGGCAUUUUACAGGGUGGCAGAAAGACAGGCAGAUAGACAGAUAGAUGGAUAGAUGGUAGAUAGACAGAUAGAUGGAUAGAAAUCAUCUGUAGGCUCUGGGUUUCAGCACAGAGUUUGUCUCUGCUGAAAUGGAGACAGAAAAAUGCCGCAGUGUCGCCUUUUGUCCUGGAUUUUCAGUGUUGUACAUUUUCGGCCCCUGACUACAUUUAAUUGUUUUCUGCCUAAACUGGGGUGGCAGCUGCCAGCCCGUGCCCCCCUGCGAGAUCCGCCCCUGCUGCCGAGCGCCCUGCUGCCGAGCGCCCUGCAGCGCUCCCUCCAGAACUUUUAUUGUUGUAACUGUUUUCUCUGCUUGUCAUGCUGGAAGGCUUUGCUUCUCGUGCUGCUGCUGGUGUGUUUGCUCUGUAAAGCUCUGCGCCUAGGAAAUGCACUUGAUACAGAAAUACAUGCCAUAACAUUAGUAAAAAAAAAUAUUAAAAAAAAAAAAAUACCUGGAUGCAUGGAAAAAAAUAAUAAAAUAAAUAUCGGAAUAACAUAGCAAAAUGAAACACUGGAGUAUUAAGAGAGAUAAUUAUGUGAAAAUUAGAAAAAGCCUAAAAAAA